ACGUGACCUAUACUUUCAUAGCCGCCAUGUUUCUUUUGUUUAUCCUACUGGUUUUUACAAUCGCAAAACCCCUUCAAUGUAGCGUUUGCCAUGACAGCUAUAGAGGUUCAUGCGUGAACUAUCGACACAAUUCCUGUCUGGCCGGCGAGUACUACACGCUGAAUGGGUGUGGCGUGGAGGAGAUGUGCUGUUACCAUGGGAAUUCUGCUACCGCUCCAGCCAUAAGACCAAAUCAGUGUGGUAUGAGCACACCCCAGGAGCAACAUGACACCAAGAUUGUGGGCGGGACGGUGGCCAAGGCGGGCGAAUACCCCUGGCAGGUGUCAUUACGGAACACUGGUUUCCACGUGUGUGGUGGUAUUCUGGUCGACCGUAAUUGGGUACUGACUGCUGCCCACUGCUUUAGAGAGAACCACAAUCCCAAAGAAUGGACUGUUGUAGUAGGUGAAAACGAUCGAGCGUUCCUUGAAGGUCAAGAACGGAUUAUACAGGCGGACACAAUAUUUGUCCACUCCCAUUUCGACGCACAGUCGUACGUGAAUGACAUAGCGAUGAUCCAGCUGUCUGAAGACGUUGAUAUUAACCCGUACGUUCGCCCUGUCUGCAUGCCCCCUGCUGGAUCCAACCACACCUACCAGACGUGUGUGAUCACGGGAUGGGGCGCAGCUUAUAGCGGCGGCCACGGAACCCACGCACUGUACAAGGCCAAUGUCCCAGUCCUGCCCACAGAUGUUUGCACAUACCUACUGGAUAGGAGCAUACCCAACACCAUGAUUUGUGCGGGAUUCAAACAAGGAGGUGUGGAUACGUGCCAGGGUGACAGCGGUGGGCCGUUAGUCUGCGAAUCAGGAGGCAUCUACCAGAUAGUUGGGAUCGUGUCGUGGGGAUACUCCUGCGCGGAAAAAUACACCCCGGGGGUCUACACAAACGUACCAGCCUACAUUGACUGGAUACAUGCUGUGCUGAACGCCUAUGACCCGACCUCCGUCGUGCUUCACCCACAGUUCCUAGGUAGUCCUAUUGGGAAGCGAGCUGGUGGGGAGAGGCGGGGUGAUGAGGAGAGGAAAAUUAACGUGUACAAUUAAGAUUUUACUGUUUAUGAAAAUUAAACAUGGAAACAAUAA